AAAUCGCAUUUUCCCAGCACAUUCAAUGGCUGACAUCGAAGUUGUCACGUCUACACCUGCCGCUGCACCGCCUGCCGCGCCUGCGAAGGUGGCGUUCGUGCCCAAGCCGGACAAGGCUGCCCAUGAAGCCGAACUUGCUGCAUUGGAGGUCUUGAAGAAGAAGGCCCAAGACCGUACGAACGCCAUCCGCGCCGAACUCGACGCGAUUCAGUCGGGUCGAUCGGGGUUCUCGGAAAAGAUCGCAGAGGCGAAGAAGCUGUAUUUGGAACUGAGGGAAAAGAAGGAGCAUGCGUACACAAGCAAGACGCAACUCAAGGUGAACUUGGACAAGGCGAUGGCUGCCAAGUCCGCUCACCGGGAAUCCCAAAAGUCGGUCCGCGACCAGGUGAGCUACAAAAGCGUGGAAGAGGUCGACAAGCGCAUUGCCGAGCUCCAACACGAACAAAACACGAAGAGCAUGUCGUUGACGGCCGAGAAGAACCUCCUCAAGGAGAUUGCCAACUUGAAGCAGUCCAAGACCGUGCUUGCCAAGGCGGCGGCCGAAAAGGACAACGGCGCCAAGUUCGACGCGUCGAUUGACGAGAUCCGCGCGGCGAUGAAGGCCAAGAGCGAAGAAAUCGCCGCCGUCACGGAAGCGUUCAACGCUCAAAAAGCUAUCUUGGACGCGCUGCGCGACGAAAGCAACGCCGGCGGCCGCGACAACUACCCCAAGCUCAUCGAAGAGCGCAAGGCGCUCAAGGUCGAGAUCGACGACAUCUUCAAUAAAAUCAAGGCGCUGCGUCAAAAGUUCAAGGAAGACAACGACGCGUACUUCCAGGGGCUGCGCGCCAAGCGCGAGGCGCAGAAGGCGGCGCGGGAAGCCGAGGAAGCCGCCGUCAAGGCCGAAUUCGACGCCAAGAUGGCGGCCUACGAGGUCGAACUCGCCAAAAUUCACCCGUACCAAGAUGAACUAGACCUCUGCCAAGCCCUCGUCGUAUACCUCGAAAAGACGUACGGCAAGGACCUCCAUGCGGCGGCGAAGGCGUCGACGACGGCCGCCUCUGUCACGGUCGAACUCGACGGUCUCCAGCCGCUCAAACGCGACGACGAAGCAUUCUUCGCGCCCAAGAAGAAGGGCGGCAAGAAAUUCAACAACAACGCAGCUUCGUCGAAGAAGGACGUCAAGUUGGUGCUUCCCCUGGCGCAGCUCCAGUCGUUCGCCACCAUCGAGCUCGCGCCGCCCGCUUUCGUGUCUGCGGUCGCUGACUCGAUCGCGGCGAUCAAGGCCAAGAAGGAAUGGUUUGCGAACCAAACGGAGCGACCCCAGGCUGCCGCGCCCGUCGCCGCCGACAAACCGGCGUCCCCCAAGAAGGAAAAAGCGGCUGCCCCCGCCAAGAAGAAUGCCAAGUUCAACGCGGCCGACCACGGCGCGUUCCCGACCUUGUCUGGCGCAGCGCCGGCCACCGCCCCCGAAGCGACAUGGAACCGCAUCGCGACGUCGGCCCCUGCAUCCUACGACUACAACGACGUCGUCCAAGGAGACGACGAAUAGGUUGCGCCGCCGCCAUGGUCAGCGCCGUCGCGCUGAGGGAGUGGGUAGAGUAGAAAGAAAGUCUCGUCGUCAUCGGACGAGGCAGGUUAAGUUGUCAUAUAAAUCUCGCCGCGGACUCGGGGUUUUAUACUGGG